UGUGUGCGUGUUCAUGUGUGCGUGUUCAUGUGAGCGUGUUCAUGUGUGCGUGUUCAUGUGAGCUGCUGUAUUCAUGAUGCGUCAGGGAAGAUUACAGAUAUUUCCUGUCACAUCACAAGAGACGCUCAGUUUCUCUCUCACACUGAUGGAGAAUAUGAUCUGUGUGAUCGUUUUACUGUGUUCAUGUCUGUGGCAUCUGACCGAUGUGUUUGGUGAUGAAGUGAAGUCAGUGUCAGUGAUGGAGGGAGAAAAUGUCACCUUAUAUACUGAUACUCAAGUACAGAGUCAAGAUGACAUCGAGUGGAUGUUUGGUGUUCAGAGUCCAGAUGAGAUUAUAGCUGAAAUCAACAGGGAAGUCAAUAUAACAUCAUUUAUUAAUGAGAGAUUGAAGAAUCAUGUAGAGAUAGAUGCUCAGACUGGAUCUCUCAUCAUCACAAACAUCACAACUCAACACACUGGACUUUAUACAGCAGAGAUCAGCAGAAAACCUUCUGCUCACAUCAGACACUUCAGUCUGACUGUCUAUGCUCGUCUGCCUGUUCCCGUCAUCUCCAGAGUCUCUUCUCAAUGUUCUUCAUCAUCUUCAUCAUCAUGUUGUUGUGUGUUGUGUUCAGUGGUGAAUGUGUCACAUGAUGUGAGCGUCUCCUGGUACAAAGGAAAGAGUUUAUUGUCCAGCAUCAGUGUGUCUGAUCUCAACAUCAGACUCUCUCUACCUCUGGAGGUGGAAUAUCAGGACACAAACACAUACAGAUGUGUGGUCAACAAUCCCAUCACAAACCACACACAACAUCUACACAUCACUCAAAUCUGUCACACGUCUGAAGGUAAUAUCAGAUGUGACGAUUAGUUAUUAACUGAUUUAAUAUCAGACUGACAGAUUCAGUGA